UGAGCUGUCCCUUUUUUUGGUCUCUCCCCACAAUGCUUAAACACUCCCUCUCCCUUCUCUCUUUUUAGACCCAAAAAAGAAACCAUGACCUCUAUUUCACACUACUCCUCCCUCCUCAACACCCAAUUCCCUUAUCUUCUUCUUGAUCUUCUCCUUCAAUAACUAAAGCACUACUUCUCGUCUGCUGUUUUCAGUACUUAGGAUGAGUUCCAAAAUGCGAAGGAAACAGCAGAUGUGGUAUGUCCCGCAGCCACUGACGCCGCUCAUGGAAUGGCCUGACAACGAAACCCAAGAAGAAGGGAAUAAAAAAGAGAGUCAUUGGGAAGUCAUACGUGAAUGGUUUAGAACACCAAAAACCUCUCCUGCAAAUGGUUUUUCUGGUUCUUUGGAUGGAAACAUUCAAGCCAAGAGGCAAGAUUUAAAGCUCUUGCUUGGUGUCCUAGGCUGUCCCCUGGCUCCAAUUCCCCUUGUCAACGAUCCCAUUGAUCGCCUCCACAUGAAAGACAUUCCUAUGGAAACUUCCAUUGCAAACUAUAUCAUAAAACAAUAUCUGGCGGCGACCGGAUGUCUGAAGCAAGGAAAGUGUGCAAAAACCAUGUACGCUAAAGGGAUGGUGAAGAUGAUUUGUUGUGAAACGGAGGUUUCGUCGGGGAAAAAUGUGAAAAGUUUGGGGACAAGAAGUGGGGACAGUGGCUGCUUUGUACUUUGGCAAAUGUUGCCCGGAAAGUGGUCUCUGGAUCUGGUGGUGGGAGGGAAUCAGGUCAUAGCCGGUAGUGACGGGAAGAUUGUGUGGAGGCACUCACCUUGGCUCGGCACUCAUGCAGCCAAAGGCCCCCAACGCCCACUGCGCCGUAUCAUACAGGGCCUAGAUCCGAAAACAACAGCCAGCUUAUUUGCUAAUGCCCAGUGUUUGGGGGAGAAACAAAUUGGGCAUGAUGACUGCUUUGUACUAAAAGUGUCCGCCGAUCGAGCUGCUGUCAUGGAAAGAAGUGAGGGCCCGGCUGAGGUGAUCAGGCAUGUAUUGUAUGGUUAUUUUUGCCAAAAGAGUGGCCUCCUUGUAUACCUGGAGGAUUCCCACCUCACCAGGGUACAAACCCCAGAAAAUGAAAUUGUGUAUUGGGAGAUCAGCAUUGGAAGUAGCAUUGGUGACUACAGAGAUGUUGAUGGUGUGCUAAUUGCUCAUCAAGGAAGGUCCGUUGCCACAGUUUUCCGAUUUGGAGAGUUGUCCCAGCAACAUAGUAGGACAAGAAUGGAAGAAGUUUGGACCAUUGAUGAUGUUGUGUACAAUGUUCCGGGGCUUUCUCUGGACUACUUCAUCCCUCCUGCUGAUAUCGUCCAUAACAUGCACUCCCCAUAGUUAACUAACAAAAUUUAGGAUGUUUUUCCUUAUCUUCUCUUAUGUUUUUUGUCCUAAUCACAAUAUUGGCGGGUUGAGGGUGUAAUUUUUCACUUAAAUGUGUUUAGUGUAGUUGGGGGAUGGUUAAGAUUUCCAGUUAUUAUGCUAAAAUGAGCAAUUCAAACAGUGGAUGGAAUAAAGGGGUUUGGUGUUUUUUUU